AUGGACGAAGAGAAAUCCUCUACCAUGGAAAAGUCCGACUCGAGUCACAUAGCCUCCCACGAUGCUGAAGGUCUGGGUACAAUGGGCCAUGUCCAAUCUCUGUCGCGCAAGUUCAGCCCAUGGAGCAUGCUCGCCCUCUCAUUCAGCGUUCUCGGAACCUGGGCGACUUUCGCAGUUGAUCUCUCCAACGGCCUAACCAAUGGAGGACCUAUCACAAUUCUAUACGGCCUCCUUCUUGUCACGUUCUGCAAUCUCUGCGUGGCUCUUUCUUUGGGUGAGCUGUGUAGCAGCAUGCCCACCGUAUUAGGACAAGCCUACUGGGUCUCCCGCCUUUGGAAAUCCCCACUAGGUCGCUUCGUGUCUUACUCUUGCGCUUGGAUCAAUGUGUUUGGGUGGUGGACUCUUGCUGCAUCACAAAAUGCAUUCAUGACUGAGAUUAUUCUUGGACUGAAGACAGUAUCCGAUGAAAAUUGGACCGGGACAAGUCUGGGGUGGUUGAAGUUUGUGAUUUACGUUUCUAUUACUAUGCUGAUGACAUUCUCGAAUGUCAUUGCUUGUCGCAAAGAUUGGAUACUCCGUUGGUUCAAUAAUCUCGUUGGGGCUUGGUUUGGAGGAGAGUUUGUUCUUUUCGCUCUUGCUAUACUCAUUGCAGUCGGUGUCAAUGACGAGCUGUCAUUUCAACCACCUUCGUUUGUCUUCGGACGAUGGAUCAACGAUACUGAGUGGAGUGAUGGCGUCGCCUGGUUUAUCGGCCUCGUGCAGUCCGCUUAUGGGUUGACAGCUUUUGACGCUGUGAUUCACUUGAUUGAGGAACUCCCAUCUCCCCAGAAGAAUGGCCCGCGAGUUCUUUGGCUUUCGAUCGUAUCGGGUGCAACCUCAGGUGGUAUUUUCAUGAUCGUCUGCCUUUUCUGUAUUCAAAACUUGGAGACCGUUUUGGACCCCGCCUCGGGACUGCCUUUUGUGGAGCUUGUGAGGCAGACUGUCGGACCUCAAGGCACAAUUGCGCUUUUCAGUAUAUUUGUAUUCAACAUGCUGGGCCAAGGUGUCAGUAUUACGACAACUGCGUCUCGUUUGACAUGGGGAUUUGCGCGUGAUGGUGGUCUCCCAUUCAGCACCUACCUGACACAUGUCGAUACUUACUGGAAUGUUCCAGCACGGGCGCUCUGGGCUCAAGGUGUGAUCAUCUCUUUGGUGGGCGUCCUAUACUUCUUCACAGAGGCUGCUGUGGAUGCAGUAGUCAGUGUUUCCACAAUUGCUUUGACUAUAUCAUAUGCACUGCCGAUAUUUGCAGUUGUGGUUUUCGGAAUGUCUGAUAUUCCGCUUGGAACAUUUUCUCUUGGGCGCCUGCGCCCUGUGAUCAAUUGGGUUGGACUGAUAUAUUGUUGUGUCACUACAGUGUUCUUCUUCUUUCCUGGGAGCCCAUCUCCUAGUGUUGUCACAAUGAACUGGGCGAUUGCAGUCUUUGGGGCGAUGCUGCUUGUUGCAAUAGGGUUCUGGUUUACGAAAGGGAAGCGCACAUAUUUGCGAACAGACGGUGCCUUGGGCGAGGUAUUCCGCGCUGCGCAACUGGAAGUUCUAGAUACAUAG